AAACAACUUUUUUCAUGCACAGUGACAGUGCAAAAUGCUCAUCUACAGCCUCGCACUAGUAGCGGCCGUAAUAUUUCUAGGCUUGAAGUACAUCUACUCGUACUGGGAUCGCCAUGGCAUCGCUAAUAUCAAGCCACAUAUUCCGUUCGGAAAUCUACAGACUGUCGCGGAGAGAAAGGAGUCAUUUGGUGUCGCCAUCAACAAUUUGUACCACCAGACGUCCGAUCGGUUCGUGGGAAUAUAUUUGUUCUUUCGCCCUUCGCUACUUAUCCGUGAUCCGUACCUCGCGAAGAGGAUCAUGAUGAACGAUUUCCAGCACUUCCACGAUCGCGGUGUUUACUGCAAUGAACAAGGAGACCCUUUCUCGGCGACCUUAUUCGCGCUGUCCGGUCAGCGGUGGAAGAGCUUACGCAGCAAGCUGACGCCUAUCUUCUCCUCCGGACAACUACGUCAAAUGAUGCCAACCUUUAUAAACGUGGGGCACGCGCUAGUGAAGGAGUUAGACACGCUGACGGAGCAGCCAAGUGUGCAAGACAUGCGAACACUAGCGUCACGGUUUGUGAUCGACGUGAUUGCGUCCGUAUUUUUCGGAUUCGAGUCACACUGCAUUCAGAACCCUGAGGAUCCUUUCUUCAUAACGCUAAACAGUAUCCUGCACUCGGUUGGAUUCGUCAAUAACAUCCGUUGGGCCGGCCUUUUUGUUUGUCCAAUGCUGUUGAAGCUUAUGCGUCUCUCUUCGCUACCACCGAAUGUGAUCAAAUUCGUGAUGGAAAUAAUCUCAUCACAGAUCGAGCACCGA